UUGUUAGUUGUAGGGUUUAAGGAAUUCUACGCGUCCUCCGACUCUGCCCUGAACCAGAGAUGGCUUCGCUCUGCAGAUCGGCUAUAAUGUCGGGCUCGCGCUCCCUUGCGUCUCGAUCCAGAACCUUAACUCAAAAUACACUUACCGGGAGAGUCAUAUCCUCUCCGUUCUCUUCUUCUCGGACACGCGUCUUUCCUUCCGCUGCGAGGGUUGUUUCGGCUUUGGGAACUGUGGAAUCUUUGAUGCCACUUCACAGUGCAAUUGCUUCUGCUCGGCUCAGGUCAAGCAUUGCCGUGGAUUCCUCCUGCUGGAGCUGGCUUUCUCAAGGACUGGCAACACCGUUGUGACAAGGCUUGCUGGAUCUAUACAACGCAAUAACUGCAUAUGAUUUGCUUUAAAGACUUUGUUUAAGGGAAUUUCAUCUUUCAUCUCUUGACUGGUGGUUGUAUCGUAUAUCAUAUGCAAACCCAUUCAACCUUAUGCUUUUAUUUAUUUAUCCCUUUAAUUUUUCCCUCUAUUUUCUUGGAGAGUGCUGGUUUUGUUGCCAGAUAAGAAUUUUAUGAGUAGAAAACUAAUUGCAUUGAAGGGCACCAAGGUGGUGUAGCCAGAAGAAUUUUCACAUGUCAUUUAAGUAAUGCAUUUCGAA